GUUUAUCGGCAUCGUUUGUACCCAUCUGUUGUAGUCAUAAUGGAGUCAUCGGGCGCAACAGAACCAAGCAAAAGAAAUCGGCUGGAAAGGAUCGCAACACACGAAUCCUAUACUUUCCAGGGACAAAAAGGAUGGCGGAGGUGGCGUAUAUUACAGCCUGGACGGGGCAUGUAUCACGAUGUGAAGAGAAGAUUGCCAUACUACUGGAGCGACAUCACAGAUGCCUUCACUUAUCGGGCUUUUGCAAGUACGGUCCGCAUGUACUUUGUGAACGUCCUGCCGGCCAUUGCCUUCACACUCGACAUGUAUCGCCGCACUGGCGGGUUCUUUGGCGUCAAUGAAGCCCUGUUUGCAUCCGCGUUAGCAGCAAUGGUGUUUAGUUUGCUGUCCUGUCAACCGUUGACAAUAGUCGGUGUAACUGGUUUGAUUGCGCUCUUCAACUACACCAUCUAUGACAUUAUCAACAUUUACAAUCCGAGUAUAUAUCCAGCAUUUACAGCUUGGGUCGGCAUCUGGGCUGCCAUUUUCCAUUGGAUCGUAUCAUUCGGAAACUAUUGCGAUUACAUGGCACAUGUCACCGAUUUCUCGAGCGAGACCUUUGGCAUGUAUGUCGGUAUCAUUUAUUGUGUCAAGGGCGUCGAAGAACUGGUCUAUCUCUUCAAGGCCUCCGAGUUUGAGGGCGGUUAUCUCUCCAUCGUUAUUGCCAUCCUCUACUUUGGUUCUGUCUACGGCCUCGAGAAGCUCGGUGGUAGCAUACUUUUCACCCCAUGGGUGCGCAGUAUUCUGGCCGACUACUCCUUUGUUUUCCCCACGCUGUUUUGGGUCGGCUUUUCGCACAUCCCUGGAAGAUUGAAAAGCACCCAUCAAUACCGAGUCCCCAUUGUAGGGGCUUUCGAGCCAACCCAGAACCGCGAUUGGGUAAUUGAUUUCUGGAACCUCGAUGUUAAAUGGGUAUUCGUGGCUUUGCCAUUUGGGUUCUUGAUGAUGCUGCUUUUUUACUAUGACCACAACGUUUCCUCUCUUACCGCGCAAGCCCGUCAAUACCCUCUCAAGAAGCCAGCUGGCUUCCAUUGGGAUUUUUUCCUACUCGGCUGCACCUGUUUCGUCAGUGGUGUCAUCGGGCUUCCCCUUCCCAACGGUCUCGUCCCUCAAGCGCCAGUGCAUACCGACUCUCUAACCAUCUACGAAACAAAGCUCAAAGUGACCGAAACCAAAGAUGGUGGUGAGAUCCGCAAGCCAGUUGUUGAAGCUACGGCUGUGGUUGAACAGCGCAUCAGUCAUUUCCUCAUGGGUAUGGCUAUCUGGGGUACCAUGACAGGUCCUUUACUCGACGUUCUACACACUAUGCCCGCGGCUGUCUUUGCCGGUGUAUUUUUUGUCGUCGGUUGGGGAUCCAUAGAGUCCAAUGGCAUCUUAGCCAAGAUAUGGUACCUAGUAUCCGAACGACGCUUCCUCGACCGCGACAACCCUCUCAGCACUAUUCCCCGCCAGAAAAUCUGUCUCUUUAUCGGCCUUCAAAUAUUCGGUGUUGCAUGCACAGUCGCCAUCUCGCAGACUAUUGCUGCAAUCGGUUUCCCUGUGCUCAUUAUAGCGCUCAUUCCUUUGCGCACCUUCUGCAUGCCCAAGUGGUUUUCCGAGCAUGAGCUUAGUGUGCUGGAUGCGCUGACUGCAGAUAAUCCAGCUGUGUUGGUUAGCUUGGGCGGGACACCAAGAGGCAUGAAGCACAGUGUUGUCCGCAACGGAGACAUAGAUGAGCAGAGUGAUGUGGAGAAGGGAGAAAGCACUCGGUCGCAAAGUAGGCCUCCAAGUGCCGCCAGGCAGCGCGCUGGUAGCAUACAUCUAUAGACGGAUAUGUAUUUCGACAUCCUUAACUGAAUAUCUGGAGCAUACAGAAAUACUGAGAGGCAUAGAAUAAGACGG